GGAGAGCUGAUGGUAGAGUAAGUCCUGACCUCGAACCCAGGGCACUUGAGUUGAAGACUGAUAUUUUUUCCUUUGUACAGGAAAGAAGGGCAGAUUAUUAAGGGGCCUGGGCUGCCAGUGUGUCCAACCCUAGCUGUGAUUUGGGACUUGGAGAAUGAAGCUGGGACAGGAGGAAAGGGAAGAACUUGUGUCCAAUUUCUUACAGUUUUCACUUUCCUUUAAGAUUCCUGGAGAGAAGCAAAACUUUUCUUGAACAUUCCUGUCCAGAAACUGAUCUGAAGAGAACAGGCAGAAAGUUUUGAGUAAGGGCUGAGGCUAGACUCUACGUUGAAUGAUGACUUCAGCCGCGGGCUGCCCAAUUUCUGCUCCUCAGGAGUUGGAGGGGCUCCUGAUAGUCAAGCUGGAGGAAGACGGUUCUUCGGAGCAGGAAAUCUCCAUAGCAGAUCAUAGGACAAGCCCUGAAUUCUGCCACCAGUGCUUCAGGCAUUUCUGCUACCAACAAGCAGCUGGACCUCGACAGGCUUUCAUCCAACUCCAGGAGCUUUGCCAUCGCUGGCUGAGGCCCGAGAUACACUCCAAGGAGCAGAUCUUAGAGUUGCUGGUAUUGGAGCAGUUUUUGACCAUCCUCCCUGGAGACAUCCAAACUAGGGUACGGGAGCAACAUCCAGAGAGUGGGGAAGAGGCGGUGACUCUUGUGGAGGAAUUGCAGAAAGAACAUGAGAGAUGCAGGCAGCAGGUUACAAUCCAUGGGCAGGGACAAGCAGUACCUUUGAAAGAGACCUCACCACUGAGAGCAGCACAGGAACCACCAAACUUCAAGCUGGAGCCAUCAGAUAUUGAACAGAGCCCUUGCCUUGGACUACAGGAGCUGCUGGGCCCUAGCCCUAAUGGGGGGCCCCAGUCUCUACAGGAGAGGGCAUCAUCUACUCCCUGGGUUUCUAUACUUACUUCAAAGGCAAAAGGCACCAAAGACAAAGAGACAACAGGGUCCCAGUUGCCUGUGACUUUUGAGGAUGUGGCAGUAUAUCUCUCUCAGGAGGAAUGGGGGCAUCAGGAACUUAGUAAGAAGGCUCUUUCCAGAGAAGCCAUGCAGGAGAAUUAUGAGCAUGUGGUUACAUUAGAAUCUCAGAUUUCCAAUCAGGAUCCAGCCACUCUAGUAGAACAAAAAGAAAAGCCAUGGGAUCCCAAUCUUCAGUGUGUCAAGGAGCAAGGGAGCGCCAGAAUCUCUUCUAUAGCAGAAGAGAAGAAAGAAAAUAAGGAAGAGAAUUCUCCUUCUGAACAUUUUGUGGAAAAACAGCCUCAAGAUAUGCCCUCAGGCCAUUCAGAAAUAGAGGUUUGCUGGACACCUGAGCAGGAAAAAUCAGAAGGACAAUAUACUCCUUCUCCAGAGGAGAGACUGGGAAAAUCCACAGCUUGGGCAUUAGGUUCCAGUGAAUUGAUAAGACCAAAGAAAUCUCAUCCAGGAGAGAAACUACAUAAAUGUCCUGUGUGUGAAAAAAAUUUUUCUAACAAUUCAAAUCUUAUUAGGCACCAGAAAAUUCACAUAGGAGAGAGACCUUGUAAAUGCUCUGAAUGUGGAAAAGGUUUCUCUAGAAGUUCACAUCUUGUCAUACAUGAGAGAACCCAUCAGAGAGAGAGAUUUUACCCUUUCUCUGAAUAUGGGGGAACAGUAAAUAACAGUACAGUUAUCACAAAUCAUGGAACCCAGAGAGGAGAGAAGAAACUCUUUAAAUGUUUGACAUGUGGGAAAAGCUUCAGGCAGCAUAUGUAUCUUACUAGGCACCAGAGAAUACAUACAGGAGAAAAACCUUAUAAAUGUCCUCUGUGUGGGGAAAACUUCUCUCACAGCUCCAACCUCAUUAGACACCAAAGAAUCCAUACAGGAGAGAAGCCCUAUACCUGUCAUGAAUGUGGGGACAGUUUUUCUCACAGUUCCAAUUGGAUUCGACAUCUGAGGACCCACACUGGAGAGAGGCCCUAUAAAUGUUCUCAAUGUGGAGAAAGUUUUUCUCGAAGUUCUCGACUUAUGAAACACCAGAGAACUCACACAGGGUAGAAAUGAUUUGCAAUUUUGAUACAACUAGAUUAGCAGAAGAGGUUUUAUUUGGAAUUGGUCUUCUCUGAGUCAAGAGACAGACUUCUACUUUGAAGAAAUUAUUCAGAGAAUUAUUUUGUAGAUAGGGAGAAUUUUGUCCAGACAAGCUGAGUUAAUUCAAGCUAUGAAAAAACAUUUCUCCGUUUUCUCCAGAAUCUGGGGGUAACAGAGAGAUCAGCAGGUGCACUCUGUGACUUCAGAGAAGAAUUUUAUGGUGAGUUGUCCCUCACUCCUCAGCAUGCAUAUUCAAAUUUUGAUUUGGCUUCCUUGCUGUGCCUAUUAUCUCUAGUCAAAUUGGAUAAAAUAGGAGAACUUUAUAUUUUUUGUCUUCCUUCUCCAGAGAAACACAGCUGGAAUAUUUAGGCCAGUUGAGGUUCUGGAGAAAAAGCUAAGUUUUCCUGGUGGGAACUGGCUCUAAUUUUAGUUUGGAAAAAACAAAAAAAAAAAAACUAUGGACAACUCAAGACUGACAACAGCAUCAUUUCCUAUAAUAAGAUUGACCACUGAAGGGGGAAUUUGGUGAAUUGCUUCAAAAGGAGAGAACUUGAUAGUCCAGAAACCAAAGGAAAACAGUGUCAUGAAAGUUUCAGGUCAGUGAGAGAAAAUAGUAGAGGAUGUAGAAAUUUGGAUCAGCCUACUUUCUGCAGUGAUUUUUAGACUUUUUUUUUUUCUAUUUCAACAUAGUGGUAGAUGAAGAGCCAUUCAGGAGAAAAGUCCUAUCCUAUUCAAGAGUUCCUGAAUCAGUUGGCUUUUCCUGAGUAAGAUGCUGGACAGAUGUCCAGGAAGAUGAGUGUGAAUUCACCAAGACAAGAAAAUUUGAAUAGCUUGGGUAUAUUGAGGGUCAUGGGAGACGAGGAGUAGAGAUCACAGACUGGUUCUUCUCCACUUCUCUGAAGUUGUCCAGAUUAAGUUGUGGAGCAAACUAUCCUCCACUGAAGAUGCAUUAGAGUGAUCGACAUGUCUUAAAGAGUCAUAAACCUAUAUAUUUUAACAUUAAUACCCCUUAUUAUCUCCAAUUGGGACCUACUUUCUUUGCCUUACUUUGGGCUGAUGACUCUUUGUAUUAUCUUUCUAGAGUGACCUAGAAAGUUCUGAUAAAAAUCCUAGCAAUUAGAUUUAUUCUGUGUCCGUGACUAGUAUAUACUGAGGCUAGAACAAUUAUGAAAGGCCAUGUGUAAGUCCAAGACCUCUUAAUCUCAUACUGGACUUAUCACAAAGCCAUUAAAAGGAAUGUUUUUACUACCUUCUAUGAACUUGAUGUAAUAAAGUCAAAUAUCUUUCAUCUGACUCCUUCUUUUCAGUCUUAAUAGCAAUAAACAGUAUGAAGAAACUGAGAUAAGAUAGAUGAUGUCAUAAGUCUUACAAUAAUAGGCCAUUUUGGUGUUUUAAAAAUAUUUUCCAGGAAGAAAAUUUGGUUACUUCUGACCAUAAGCUUGAAAUAUUUAAAUUCCCUAAAAUCAUAAAAGUGAAAAGGAGACUUUGAGUGAAGAGAGUUCAAUAAUUAGUGUCCUGAGAGAGAAUAUGUCUUAGUAAGGAACAAGGUUCUAUGGUGUGAUGAAGGAUUGGGAAUGGAUGUUCCAAUGUUUCCAUGAAGAGGUACAAUACCUCCCUUUUUUUCCCCCUAACCCAGAAAUGGAUCUCUGAAGCUACUCUGAGGAACUGGUCUGCAAGCAAUUUGUUAAAAGCCUAUUAUCUAUGUAGUUCUAUAGUAGGUAUUAGGGACUUCAAGACCUAAAAUGAAAUAUCCUUUUCCUCAAGGAGCUUAUAUUCAAUAAGAAUAGCUGUUUCAAUGGAAGAAAGCAAUGGCAAAUUCACUGGUGAUGGACUAUCCAAAGAUAUUUCUUUCACUUCCUUUUGCUCAGCAAUAUUCUCAGUGCUGCAAUUUUCUUAUCUUCUCUGGAUUUCAAUAUCAGCCAAUUUUUUGUUAUUUCUUUCAUUUCUGCUUUUUUCCCUUUCUUCCAUUAGUUUAUAAUGGUUCUUAAUGGUUUUUUCUUCUCCCAUUGAUUUCAUUUUCAAGAUACAUUUCAUGUUUACUCUGUACAAAGUGUUGUAGAUUUAAAGAAAAAAAGUCCCUCAUCCCAGGAAGUCUAUAUCCUAUCUUUCUGUGAGCUUUGAUUUUCUCAUUGACAUUUUCUUGUCCUCAAUUUUUCUACAUAAUUCCUUUUGAUAAGGAAUUUGAUAAGCUGAAUUGACUGACCUCUUUUUUGACUUAGAGAGGACUCCUUUAUUCAAACAAUGGUACAAAAGUUAUUAGUUUGAACUUUUGAGUUUUUCUGUGAUGCCUAUUAGUAAUUGGAAUCCCCAGGAAUCUUGAAAAUUAUGAUAAAACAUGUUUAUUCCAUUUAAACAUAAUGUGAUUCAGAUAAGAGAAUAGGUUGUAAUUAGGCUAAAGGAUAGGAUCCCAAGUAGUUGAAUCAAUUACGCUAUAAGCAUUCAUUAAGCUCUUGUCAUCAGACAAUAUUAGGAGCUGAGGAUAUAAUUAUCACAAAUGAAACAAUCCCUAUUGUAUAAAAGACUAGAUUACUCCUUGGGAAAUAGAAUUUGGGAAGUGAGAGGAGAAAAAAGUCAGUUAAAAAAAAAACAGAAAGUUGGAGAAGAUGGAGAUUGCAGGAUGUAGUAAGUGAGUAGCAGAACUGAGGGAGAAAGGCUGCCCAAUUGACUAACUUAAUUAUCUCUCUUCUGGGUAAGCUGUUCCCAACAUAGAUAUUGCAUUCUUUUGCCCAUCAGUUAAUGCUGCCUUCCUCAGUAAUUUCAACUGAGUUGAGUGCAUGGCAUUUACAAUUUAGGUACUGGAUUGCUGGAGCAUUUUCUCUCCAAGGUUUGAUUUUAACAUACCAGAAACAACUUUCUCCAUUUUCCUGCUGUGGGUUCUUCCUGGCUUUUCAUAUAAUGCCUGGUCCUCUUGGGCAGUUGUUUCUACCAGUUUAUUCUUCAUGAUUAAAAAAAGUAUAUCACCAUUACAAAUAACUAUUGGACAGUACUUGUGAACAUUUAAAAAAUAUAUUAAAUAUAAAUAAUAAAAACUUCUUUUAUUCUAUGGUAAAAACUUGUAGAGACAUUCCCAAAUUUUGCCUUACAAACAAAAUCUUGCAGAAUGUUGAAGCAUUUCAAAGCAAACAGUAAAUAUAAUUAUUAUCCCACUGAAGUAGUAAUACACUUAGGUUUUGAUUAUUUUAAUGGUUAUUUUUAUCAAUGGCAAAUACAGUUAUUACAAAAUAAAUACAGUAAGUUACUGGCUUACUGUAGUGGGUUGUCUUCAAAUGUUUAAUUCUGUACUUCUACAUACAAACCAUUCAUUACAAUAGAAAAUUUGAGAACUGUAUCUGGCAGAGUGUGUAAGAAUUCUGAAUGGAAAUUCAAUUGAAAAAGACUUAUCAAAGCCCCAUCUACUGAAUGAGCAAUGCUUGAUGGGAAUCCUUUUUUGGAGUAAUGACAGCAAAACUCAUUGUUUACACACACCUGCACUCAUGUAGGUAUGCACAAAUCUAUAAUAUAGUGUAUAUACUGUUAAAAACAUUGCUGUGGAAGACCUCUCAAUUCUAGACCUGGAUUUUACACAAACCAGCUGUGAGGUUGUCUUUCUAGAAACCUUUCUAGGCUUCAUUUUUUAAAAAAGAGAGGUGCAAUAAAUAGUGUUUAAGAUCCCUUCCAACUGUGAAAUUUAUCAUUCCCUUUGAAACAGGUUGACAACCUUGCAAAAUAGAGACAAUGGAUGCAGUGGUUUUUAACUAUCAGAUCCAUCAGAGCAUCCAUAUGCCCAUAGCAAAGAAUCCAAGUUUCAAGGAUCUAGUCAAAAUCAUACAUGAUUUAAUAGCCGUCACUAUUAAGGAACAGGGAACUUGGAAUGUGAUAUUUAAGAAGGCAAAAGAUCUAGGCUUACAACCAAGAAUAGCUUACCCAAGCAAACUGAAAAAAUGAAGCAUUAAUGAAAUAGAGGACUUAUGAGCAUUCCUGUUGAAGAAACUUUGAAAUUCAAACAUAGCAUUUAAAUGAAAAUACAAAACCAUGAAUAAAUAUAAAAGACUAAACAAUGAUAAUUUGUUUACAUUUUAAUAUGAAAUGAUGCAAGAAAGCUAUCAUCAAGGUCAUAAUUAGACAAGACUUGGGAGUGGUUUUAUUAUGUCUUGAUCUUAAUAGAAAGUGAAGGGGAAAGGAAAAUUCUAGUGGGGGGAGUUAAGGAAAAGAAGAAUUAAGGAAAAUUCACAUAAUCAGAAUAUGCGAUCACUAUACAAGGAAGAAGCAGUGAGGAGAGUUCUCCCUUAAACCUCCUCUCAUGUGAACUGGUCAAAGAAGGAAAGAAUACAUAUUCACACAGAGAGUUGGAUGUAAAAAUGAAUUUCAUUCAAUAGGGAAAUAGGAAAAGGGGAGUGAAAGAAAAGGAAUUAGAGAAAAGGGAAGGGAAGGAUAAAGGAAGGAUUAGUUCUGAGCAAAACUAAGGAUGUACAGGAAUAUUUAUAGCUCUUUUGAGAUGGCAAAAAAAUGGGAAUCUGAAGUGGUACCAAUAAAUGGGGAAUGGAUGUACAAGUUAUGAUAUAUAAAUAUGAUUGAAUAAUACUAUUUAUGCUGUUAGAAAUGAUAAAGUGGAUAAUUUAAGAGAAAUCUGAGAGGAUCAAUCAAUAUUUCUACAACAAUUUUCUUCACCAAUGGCAGAAUUACUAGAACUUAAUAUAUGUAACAUGAUGAAACAAAAGUGAUGCAAAGUAAAACAAAGAUGGGAAGAGCUUCUAACCAAAUAUACACAAAAAUUGGUCUAGCUUGAACUAAUGUAAUUUUGAAGACUCUUAAGGCGUUUGAAAGAGGAAAAGCUACUGGAUAGGCAAAAAUCAUAAGCAUCAAUUAUUACAGAGAAAUAUUUCAAUAAUUACCAACCCUUAUGCCUAUUUUAUAAAAUUGAGAUAAGGAAAAAAAAAAAAAAAACUUAACAGUAGCCAGUAUUACAGCUAGAACCUUGUAGGUUAUACAAAAGCCUCACGCUUUAUAUAAUAAAUAUUUCCUUCAAGAUAAGUGUAUUCCCCUGGCACCUUCAACAUAGACAGUGGAUAUGAUAAAUACUGAAAAAAUGUUGGGAAGGCAAGAAAUAGAAUGUUCAUUAUACAUAUGAAGUCAUGCAAAACAUUUCUGAAGUGGAAAUGAAUUUCCUUGUUUAUCCCUUUUUAUUUUUUGAAUGUUUAUUUUGCUUUGUAAUAAAGUAUAAAUGGAACUCUUGCUUUUUUGGGGGGAGGAGUCACUUGAUGCAUAAUAAAAAAAAAUCCAGCCCCUCA